UGAUGACGCACUUUCUCUUCCUCUUUUUCUUGCUUGUCCUGUGUCCUGUUUCCUGUGCCCAGAUGCACUGCCCCCCUCACCCUGCAGGGAUGAUGCUGUGUUAUCCGGCCGUCGCCCCCCUUUCACCCUGUGCCCGCGGAGUCGCCGAACGCCCUUCUGAUGGGCCUGGAUGGUCUGCGUUGCUUGUUGCCCCCUCUUGUGGUGUUACCUUGCUUGCUCUGGGAACAAGGCAGUUGGAGUUUCUGCAGCCAUGUCAUGAUGGUUUUCAUCCUGUUGCCCAAUCAGCAACUCUAAGCAGCAGGCUGGUGUUUGCCAUCUGUCUGCUUCUGUUUUUCUUUGCUUUUCUCUUUGUUUUUAUGAUCUCUCUGAUCUCCCACUCUGGUUCCUGAGGUGCCUCUCGCCCGUGAGGCUCUGAGCGGAAAAGGGCGACAUCCAGUGAUUGGAGACUCUGAGAAUGAGUGCUUGGCCCUGUGUCCUGAUGCCAGCGUGUCAGCUGGGCCUGGGUGUCCAUGGCUACAUUAUCCCCCCCAUCCACCCCUGACCAACCAAGACCGACUGCAAGCCUAUGCUUCCAUUCUCUGACCAAUGGCAAAAUUGCCGCAUUGCUUUCGCUGCAGGAUGUGUUUCCCAACCAGCCUAAGGGGGCUGUAUCAAGGAGCGCAGGUGGGACAUGUGAUCCUUGGAAGCUGUGAUGAUUGAACAAGAUGAAUGAGAUUGGCAUAUUGCACUGGUGCGCCUGGUCGCAAUUUUGAUGGGGAUGGAGAUGCUGGCAUCAAGUGAGGUUUGAGGAACAGAAGAACUCUCCCUGUCACUCCUCUGGGGGUGGUGGGAGCAAAGCGAGCGCGUCACACAUGCCAACACAGUGAGAGCCGCUAUAAGAAGGCCAACCGGCCCUGCUCCAGAAUUCCCAGUGCCUCACAAUCAGAUUUCCCUACCGCGCACUUUCCUUGUUGAUUCCCAUUCCAGGCCUCCUUUCUGGUUUCUGAUCACCUCCCGCGUCCAAAAUUCUACCCAUGUGAAAUAUGCCAUCUCCUGCCCAGAUCAACCCUACAUUUCACAUGAACUUCAAACAAUGGGUGCCCUCUUACUCUAAACUACUCUCAUUCUAUAGAUUCCUCCCUUCACACUCUUCAGUGGCCUGCUGUUCUCCUCUCUCUAAAUCUCAUCAUGAUUCUCCCUGCAGCACUCUGCCAGUUCUCAAGUAUCAACUCUCUGCAAGACCACCAGCUGAAGUUUGUGUAUCAUUCAGCAGCAACACCAAGCAAUGUACACCAUUAGCAUCCCAAA